AUGCGUGGUGCCGAGACUGGUAACGCCCAUGGGUCGGACCAUGUCCUCGUCCGUACACGCCCGAAAGUGCAUCUCUCAUCCGCGCCAAAAAUGCCACGUCCUAGACGCCUCAAUGUCGCAAAAAUCCGGCAAGCCAGCACUGCCGAGGCCCUAAGCAGAGAAAUCCGGACCUGUUUUACGACCCAAGCCGACGGAGAAGUCAGUAACCAGUGGUCGUCACUAAAGACAUCAGUCUAUGGGACAGCUGAGAAAAUCCUUGGAUACACCCAACGAUGCCGCAGUGAUUGGAUCAGCGGAAGAACCCUGCAGUUGUCUGCUCAGACAGCUAGAGCCAGGUCCCGCAACGAUGACUACUUCCGCCAACUUCGGAAGAUGACGGCAAAAUCGGCCAGGAAUGACCGGAAGCAAUAUUGGGCUGAAAUAGCGACAUCCAUGGAACAGGCCCCGAACGUUGGUGACACUCGAAAGCUCUACCGUCUGAUCCGCCAAGUUAGCGGCAAGCCCUCUACACUGAGUGACUCUGUUCGCGAUGUGAACGGCGGCUUUAUUGCUGACAACUCGGCCAAAGUCGAGCGCUGGCGUGAGCACUUUGAGCACCAUCUCAACUUCGAUACCCAACCUACAUCGCCCUUGCUCUCCUCCUCAGCGGAGUUUCUUCCCUCUCCUACCUACGCAGUGCAAUGCGAUCCCCCCUCCGAGGAAGAAGUCGCCGAUGACAUACGAAAGUUGCGCAACAAUAAGGCACCCGGAGAGGACCGUAUACCCGCUGAACUCUUCAAGUCUUGUGUCGACACUGGCGCCCUGGCUCCAUGA